AACAUACCCAGUAUGCCAACGGAGGGAGGGAAGGAAAGGAGAAAGAGAACCAUAUACCAGCCCCUCACAACACACAGCCAGCCGACCUGACUCAGACUAGAGCCCAUUGAGACCCGGAGCACCUAGACUAAGGACCGACGCUGUUUCCCUGGACAUCCAACACACCACUUUGGAGCAACACGGUCAGAUUGUUACUGCUACUACCCACAAACCCCUCACCCCUACUCCAGGACAGGACAGAGACAUGAACCCCCUCCUGACCCAGGCUGUCCAGACUGAGGAAGAUGCUGAAACGGAGGGUGUUGAUGUGGAUGCUGAGCUGGCAGCUGCCAUCAUGUCCAGGAGGAUCAUCCAGUCUCUGAUCACCGUGGAAGCCUGGGAGGGAUACACCUUCGCUGACCAUCAGAUCAAGAUCAAGGAGUCACAUGACCUCUACGGCGCUGUGAUGUGGCCCUCGGCCAUAGUGCUGUGUUACUUCCUGGAUACGCACCGUGACACGUACAACCUGCUGGACAAGAACGUCAUCGAGCUGGGCGCCGGGACCGGUCUGGUCUCCAUAGUUACAAGCCUUCUAGGUGCCAAGGUCACGUCCACAGACCUGCCGGAGGUGCUGAGUAACCUGCAGUAUAACGUACUGCGUAACACCAGGGGUUCCUGUAGACACGCUCCUCAUGUCGCUGAGCUGUCCUGGGGGAAGGAGCUGGAACAACGCUUCCCUCAGGCUGCCUGUCACUACGACUACGUGUUCGCUGCCGAUGUGGUGUACUGCCACCCCUACCUGGCGGAACUCUUGGACACCUUCGAUCACCUGUGUCAGGACGGGACGGAGAUCCUCUGGGCCAUGAGGUUCCGUCUGGACAGAGAGAACCAGUUCGUAGAACGGUUCCAGACCAGGUUCCAUCUGGAUGAACUGUACGAUCUGCCCAGUCUCAGUAUCAAACUGUACCGAGCAUCGAGGAAGGGGAUGGGGAGGAAGACACGGUCUGGAGAGGCAGCUUAAUACUACCAUGCUCUACGGAAGCAGUCUGAGACACUGCAGGGGGAUGGAGAGAUGGGGAGGUGUGUUCUUUGAUUGAAUCCCAGACACACACUCCGAGAAUCAACAAAGGCAAAGUCGAGAAGCGCAUUACACUUAACUCUUGAAGGUACAGUGCCUUGCGAAAGUAUUCGGCCCCCUUGAACUUUGCGACCUUUUGCCACAUUUCAGGCUUCAAA